GAGUUGUUCAAUAAGAUCAUCACUCCAUUAGGGGAUUAUCUAUUGGAUUUCAACAACAAAUUGAUUGAGUUAUCAAAAGAAUUAGAAAAUUUGAAGCUCAAGUCAGUCAAUCUGUCGGAAAAUUUAACAACACGUCAACAAUUAGAGAGCAAAUAUACACCUAUAGUUUCAGAUCUUAUAAUUCCACCAGAUGUUAUAAAAUCGGUAUAUAAUGGUGACUUGAAUCAAUCCUGGUGUGAUAAUCUUCAGUUUUUGCAAGAAAAGACUCAAAUCUAUCAACAAUACAAAGAAAAAUAUCCAAAUUUGAAGUCAUUAGACACAUUAACUAAAACAUUAGAUCUUUUAUACAUCAAAGCCAUUGAGCGGAUCAAAAACUUUAUGGUUGCUAAAAUUAAAAGACUAAGAACAAUAGGAACGCCUUCACAGGUUGUUCAAAACCAAUUAAUUGAAUGCCGUGAUAUAUAUCCUUUCCUCAAACAGAGAGCUCCAUCAUUAGCAUUGGAAUUGAGACAAGCAUAUGUUUACACAAUGAAAUGGUAUUACCAUGCACAUUUCCAAAGAUAUUUACAAUCAUUAACAAAGUUAACACUGCAUACAAUUGAUAGAGAAUCAUUAAUUGGUGGAACUCAAUCGAUUUUCAAGAAAAACAUCGCUGUUGGUGAUUAUUCCUUGGGUAAAAGAGGACAAAUUAUACAUGCUCAGGAUCCUACUGUUAUGCCUGCACAGAUCGCUGAAUAUAAUCAACUGAAGUUUCAUAUGGAGACUGCUUUCAGAAGUUUUAAUUUAGCAAUUAUUGACAAUGGAAGUGUUGAAUAUUUAUUCCUGAUGGAGUUUUUCCAAUUAGAUGCUGAGGUUAAUGGUGUUUUUGAACAGAUUUUCUCAACCACUUUCCAAUUGGGUAUUAGUUUCACUAAAGAGUUGAUCACAAAUACUUUUGAUAUCUUUGGUGUUUUAAUAUUGAUUAGAUUAUCCCAGGGAUUAGUUUUUGAACUACAAAGAAGAAGAAUACCUGUUAUCGAGGAUUAUCUAAAUUUACAAAUGAUUACACUAUGGCCAAAGUUUCAAAGCUUAAUCGAUAUGAAUUGUGAAAAUAUGAAAAGAUCAAGUUCAAAAAGUUCGGCUAUAAGUGGUAUGAAGCCAACAACUGCACAUCCAUUAACUCUACAGUUUGCCAAUUUGCUGAGUGGGUUUUUGAAAUUGACUGGAGUAGAGCAACAAACUACACAAGAGCCACUAUACAACAGUAUUCAAAGAUUAAGGAAUGAUUAUGAAUCAGUUUUGACAAAGAUGAGCAAGAAUUUGAAGCAGAAUGAAUUAUUUUUGUAUAAUAAUUACUCAUUUGUUUUGGGUAUCUUAACAGAAUGUGAAGGAGCUUUAGCAGAUUCAGAAACUGAG